CUGACAUUUCAUCCAGACACUCAACGCAGAGGCUGCAGACUGGAAGGUGAAGGAAAAGCUCUUCUUUGAGUCCAGCGAUCAUCAUGAGUAACACAAAGCCGAAGCUUCCACCACGAAGACCAUCUCUGAUUCAUGAAGGUCCUCCAAAACGAUACCGUCUACAUACAGAAAGAAAAGAUCUUGAUGGCUACGGAAAAGUCCGAAAAUGGACUUAUGGAGACAAAGAUAACAGUAAACCAAACAAAACUGUUCUUCUGGUGGGAGAGACCGGCGCGGGUAAGACGACUCUCAUCAACACCGUGGUCAACUAUAUACUGGGAGUGAAGUUUGAGGAAGAAAAGUGGUAUGAAAUCACAGAAGAAGCAGCUGGAGAUCAAUCAGAGUCACAAACUUCUGAAAUCACCAUGUAUGAGGUCUUUUCUACGAAGAGUCCUAUGUCUCUCACCAUCAUUGAUACUCCAGGUUAUGGAGAUACUAGAGGACUGGAAAAAGACCUGGAAGUUGCAGAGAAUUUAUCUGCACUGUUUCAAAACAAAGAUGGAGUUUGUGAAGUCGACGCUGUGUGUUUUGUGAUUCAAGCGGCUAAGAAUCGUCUCUCAGACAGACAGCAUUACAUUAUCAGUUCAAUUCUGUCUUUGUUUGGAAAAGACAUUGUGAACAACAUUGUGUUUUUAAUCACACACUCUGAUGGUCUGCCACCCCAAAAUGUCCUCAGUGGCAUCAAAAAAGCUAGAAUCCCUUGCAGACAAGACAAAAAUGGUCAACCUGUUUAUUUCUUGUUCAACAACAGGCAGACUGAAGGCCGUCACACUAAAGAACGUCACAUUCGUGCUCAGAGAGACGCUUGGGAAGACAGCGUGGAUGGCAUGAAGAAUUUCUUUCAGUCUCUGAAUGAAAUGAACAGAAGAAGUUUAGAGCUGACUUCAGAUGUCCUGAUGGAGCGCAUUCAGUUUGAAGCAUCCAUCUGCAACUUACAGCUGCGAAUUCAAGAGAAGGAGCUGAAAAUAGCUGAAAAACGUCAGAUUCAGGAGGCAAUGAUGCAAAACAAGGGAAAGAUAGAAGAGUGUAAAAACUUCACCAUUAAAGUAAGAAAGACAGUCAAACUGAAGGUUCCCAUUGACAGUAAGUCAUGGAAGAACAGGAAGGCGACGACCUGCACCGUCUGUGAGGAAAACUGCCAUGAGUUUGACUGCUGGUGGGUUUCUGAUCCCAGCAAAUGUGAAGUCAUGAAAAAAGGCUACUGCACUGUGUGCAUAGGGAAGUGUCACCACAGCAAACACGUCAAAGAAAACAAGAAAUACGUCAUUAGAAUUUCGAACGUCAUGAUGGAGUUUGACUCUAUAAAAAAAGAAUAUGAAAAAGCCCAAGAACAGUCCAAGAUAUAUUCAGUUUUAAUGGAUCAUCUUGACAAAGAUCUAAGGGAGAUUGAGGACCAAAAGUCAAAUCUUCUGUCUGAAGCUUACCAGACCAUCAAGCAUCUGUCUCAGAUCGCAUUAAAACCAGACUCUGCCUUCACUCUUCAGCAUCUCGACUUCUUUAUCCCCAGAGUGAGGGAGGCUGGGAGAGAAAACUGGGUGCGAGAGCUGGAGGAAAUGAGGAGAAAAGCUGUAGCUGAUGAAGCCAAUAAAGACGCUCUGAGUUAUCUUAAAGCUGGUCUGGGGAAACUUUUCCUGACUGGGAAAUGAUUGAAUCCAGUAGAGUGAAUAAUGAACGAAGACAACUGCUGCUUACAAUGAGAAAUCAUCCCAUCCCUGGUUACAUCAUACAGAUUUCGAAAUCUGUAUUAUUUUCAUUUUUGUAAUAUGAAGGUUACAUUAAUCAUGUAUACUUUUCUUAAAAUAUGAAAUCGUACCAACACAUGAUAAAACAUCAUAUUUUGGACUACUACAUAUAAUGAGUAUUACGUUUAUAUUGUUGUAUAUACUGUGUUACCUUCUUAUGGCAA